AUGGCUACUGCAACGGCUUCCACGUCUUCAGCAUCUGGCAACCAACAGCAGCUGCAAACCUACGACGAUGAUGACGAGUUCCAGGAUGCUUGCGAUGCUGAAACUGCCUCUGUUUCAUUGGCUCUAGAUUUAGAAACAGCACUUGCCGAGGCAAAAAUUGCAGUCGACCUCUUCUUUAACAAUAAGUUUAACGAAGCUGAAGCCCUUAUGAAACCUUUGGCAACAUCAAGCAUGUACCAUUCCGUGGGACACAGCGUUUUCACCUACCUGGAAGCGAUGCUUACGUUCGAGCAGCAACACAUAGCAGCUGCCUCAGAAGCGCUGAAACAGUGUUUAAACGUUUGCAAUCGUUAUCGGAAAAAGAACACCCUUACGGAAACAAUAGGGAAAACGUUCAAGAAGGUUAAUUAUGAUCAGUACACCGAUCUGGAAGCCCAUGCCGAACUUUGCUCAGCCGAGGCGCUGUUGCUGAAGGCAAUGCUAACCUUUAUAGAGGAUGAAACGUUAACCAGUCUGAUAAAGGGUGGAAUGAAGAUUCGUAAUUGCUUCGCCAUGUACAAGGAAUGUAAUAACAUACUCAACCAUCGGCAGUGGGAAUCAGAAAGCUCAAAGCUACACUUCGAAAGCGGCGUUCGCAUGGGUAUGGGCACGUUUAAUCUUAUGAUAUCUUUGCUACCGGCUCGAAUCAUAAAGCUGUUGGAAUUCAUCGGCUUUUCCGGCAACAAGCAAUCGGGCAUGCAAGACUUGAUCACCGGAUCACAAAGCGAAGGCAUUCGGCAGGUGCUGUGUGUGAUGACUUUACUAGGGUAUAAUCUGAUAGUGUGCUAUGUACUUAGUCACAAGGAAGGUGAUCUGCGCUUUUGUGACGAGCUGCUUGUGAAACAACUGAAACAGUACCCGGACGGUGUUUGGUUUCUGUUCUUCAAAGGUCGUCUGGAGUUUAUGAAGGGUAACCUGGACGAAGCACUUAAAUGGUACAAAAAGUCAUGGAAAUCACAAAACGUUUGGCCCCAAUUCCAUCAUCUAUGCUUUUGGGAGUUACUGUGGGUGAAUUGCUUACGGCUGGAUUGGCGAGAAUCGUUACUAUUCGCAACGUAUCUUGUCGAGAACAGCAAGUGGUCGCGUACGAUUUACACAUACCAGAAGGCAUCAAUCAUGUGCAUGCUGAGAGUGGAGGAUCUACAUUCGAGUGAGGUCCGAACAAUUGCUACGCUGAUGAAAGAGGUGCCUAAGUACAAACAACGGAUAGCAGGAAAAUCAUUGCCCAUGGAAAAAUUCGCCUGCAAGAAGACUGAACGAUUCUUCGCCCAGCAGUCGUUCCUGUACGUGCCAGCGUUGGAGCUGAUGUACGUGUGGAAUUUGUUCAAGAUAUUGGGCAAACAUUUCCAUCUUGCUGACGGCGUCUAUCGGAUAGUGGAGGAGAAUCUCAAGCAUUAUGGCGAGCGAAUAAAUUCUAAAUCAAAUCCAACGUUCGGCGUGUACGCUGCGGAUAACAAAGCUUUACUGUUGCUGCUAAAAGGUGCCUGUUUACGGCAGAUGAACAGCCCUCUGCAAGCUACACGGUGCCUUGAGGAUGUUAUUGCCAUGUACAAAGAUAUCAAGGAGGAUCAUUACCUAGUACCUUACGCAAUUGUGGAACUGGCACUGAUCUACAUCGAUCAAGGGAACAAAGACCAAGCUAUAUUAGCUCUGGAGGAUGCUAAGAAAAAUUACAGUGGUUAUUCGCUAGAGUCACGGUUGCAUUUCCGAAUACAUACGGCACUGAUAGAACUGAAAGGUAAAAGUUACGAAAACAUUCCUGCAGGCGGUGAAUGA